CCUUGGCGUCGUCGCCUUCGUCGUCGUCGUCGUCGUCGUCGUCGUCCCUAAGUAGCAAAGAAGGGCGGCUGCAGCUGAAUGAAGGCAAAAAGCAGCAAAUAUUUACGGGAUGUCGAAGAUCCAAAAACUGGUCGAUACAAUUUCGUUCUGCUUAUUUUAUUGUUUGAAUUGUAGACGUUUAAAGUGUCCAUCCGACGUAGCCCCAUACAUGGUGGGAUAUGUGGAACAAAACAGACGUAAUGAUACUAGUGAUAGAAAACUACUCCAUCUGUUUAUUCUUUGAGUUCACUUUUAUUUAUAGCCAAAAUUCUCCAUACAAACUUUUAUAUUUUAUGCAACGUAAUUUUGGCAAAUAUCGUAAUUGAAUUCCUUGUGAUACUUUUGUGAUUAUUAUACCUUGAACUCACCAUCUCUUUUCUGAUUGGUCGAAAGCGUACGUAUACAGUGAAUUUUCUAAAUCAGCGCUUUUGACGUCAUCUCUGCAGAUUAGAUCAUAUCAUGUCAAGGACACUCAAGGUCACGGGUAAUCAUGUCAAGUUUGCGCGCUUUGUGUUUCUUGCCGUGAAGAAGCAAAAACAUGACUUCCAUUUUUUUCGUUCGAUGUAUAAUAAAACAACCUUGUUUUGACAGGUGUUAAUUGAUCAUAACAUGGAUGUUCAAUAUCAAAGAAGUACACGGUAAACCAAGGCUACAUGUCUCUGUCAACUUGUUAUUUGGAGUAUGCCGCCAUGUUGCGCGACUCCGUCGUCGCCGUCGCCGUCGCCGUCGUGCUUAGAUAACAUAAAUGUCUUCUUACUCGUUGAAAAAUUUGUGUAUUACCGGUCGACCUUCUUUGUAAGAAUCAGAAAUUAUAGGACGCGAAGUAGCCCUCAAACUGAGGGUGUUAGGUAAAAUUCACUCACGCCACAACGACUUGCGGCGCAAACCCCGACAGUUGAAAAGCAGCCACCGAAGAACGGCACGGCCGGGGGUUGCUGGAUAUCACUCGUUGUCACACUCCUUAAAAUGAAUAGAACUGUCGCUCGAACAUACCACACCACACACAUACUUGUUCAACUUGGAAGAGGUUUUUUGGCUAGCCUCGGUUUAGCCGGAAGCAAUUUGGUUGCUAUUUGAUCCUAUUUUUAUCACUGUCACGGUCACUGUCACGUGAUCACCAAAUCAAAUAUGGCGGACGAAGAAGAAACCGAACGUCGUCGAGCGGAUCCUUAUGGGCCUCGACUAAUUGAGCUACACCGGGGAGAAAAUGGAUUUGGAUUUAACGUACGUGGGCAGGUAUCGGAAGGAGGACAACUGAAGUCUAUUAAUGGAGAACUGUAUGCCCCUUUACAACAUGUUAGCGCUGUGUUGGAGAGCGGUCCUGCACAUAGUGGAGGAGUUCGGAUCGGCGACCGAAUCCUUGAAGUGAAUGGUGAAAAUGUGGAAGGUGCCACUCAUAAGCAUGUAGUGAACCUGAUAAAGAAAGGUGGAGAUAAAUUAACACUAGUUGUGAUAUCUGUUAGUCAACAAGAGGCAGAAAAACUUGAUAGUGAGAGUUCAUCAGGAGGAGAGUAUUACGAUUACUCUGAUAAGCGAUCCGUCCCAUUAUCCAUACCUGAAACAAGACAAGUGGUUAGUGAUGGUGAAACAUAUAUGGCGUAUAAUAUAUAUUUUAACGACAAGCACGUUUGUUCCAGAAGAUACAGAGAAUUUUCAAAUUUACAUUACCAGCUGAAGAAGGAGUUUAGAGAUUACCAGUUCCCAAAGUUCCCUGGAAAAUGGCCUUUCCAUUUGUCUGAUCAACAACUAGAGGCCAGGAGAAAAGGCCUAGAAGCUUACCUUGAACAAGUGAAUUCAGUGAGAGUAAUAGGGGAGUCAAAUAUCAUGGAAGAGUUCCUGAAAUUUUCAGAAAACCAUGUCACGCAAGAGAAAGAAGAUGACAGUGAUGGUACAAUGAAAGUCGAGUUAAGGGUAUUCUUACCAGAUGAUUCAAUCACAACUGUGACUGUUCUGAAAUGUCAAAAAACAGAUGAAGUAUAUCAGGCUUUGGCAGUGAAGCUCAAUCUGGAUAAAGAGUGUGUUCCAAAUUUUGCUCUUUUUGAGAUUAUGGAGUAUGGUUUUGAACGAAAACUUGAGAGUAAGGAGUUCCCACACAAUGUGUACAUACGAACUUAUUCUGCACUGUCAACAACUUCUCUUGCCUUGAGAAAGUGGAUUUUCACUCUAGCGAGGGAAGUACUGAUGAACCAUGAUGACAAUGCAGUAAACCUUCUCUAUAGCCAGGCAGUAAGUGACUUAAGAACACGAAAGCUGUCACCAGGAAAAAACUUGCAAAAACUUAAAGAUCUUCAGGCAGGGAAUAAAAAGAAAGAGUACCUUGAUGUUGCCAGAACGCUUGAGGGAUAUGGAACUGUUGUGUUUCCUCAUUGUGCAUGUGAUGCAAGAAGAAAUGGUCACGUUAUUGCUUCAGUCAGUCUAAGCAAUUUCCGACUACAAGCAUGUUCUAAAGAGGGCGAUAAACAGGAACAGGAACAUACAUUCGACUGGGAGGAAGUGACGCAGUGGGAGGCUGAUACCGAGGCAAUGGCGUUUUGUUUUGAGUAUCGCAGAGGAGACAAGAAACCCAGAUGGGUGAAAAUAUAUUCACAAUAUUUUCUGUUCAUGAACGCAUGUGUGGACAGAGUCAUGACCGAGAACGAAUGGAAUAAAAAGGACGGAAUUUUACCAUUGUAUCCUGGUGGAAUGGGAGGGCACAGUCCAUUAGAAGAAUCCAAUGAGAACACAGACUCACAGGAGACGACCAUCGAUUCCGCUUCUACCCAAAAGAGCCACACAAAGCCAUCUGCGAAGAAUAAUAAAUUUUCAGUGCCAAGGACAUCCUCCAAGAAGCUCAGUUACACAAUCGACGACGAGGACCUGUAGACUGUGAGCUAGUGAACUGGAAGCUUGUCGAGCUCAUGUUCUUUUCAGACUGCUAUUUCUCGCCGUGGAAUCCCACAGCAAUCCAAAUGAAGUUGUGUGCACAUUGAAACCUGAUUUUAGGUCGCGUGUGUCGCAACUGGGGGUAAAAGUUCUCGUAACGCGUGAGAUGUUGAUUCCCCCACCCGUCUGCCUAAAAUAAUUGGGGUGGCCGUCGGAAAUUUUGAACGGAACCCGUAAAAAGUACCUGUACCUUGUUUUUUGGAACCAGUACUUCCUUUCAUAUAUCUUAAUAUUUUUUCUCCAUAUUUUUUUCAAGCUUAAUUAACGAAAAGACACAAAGAUAACUCUGACGGUGAUCAUUUUAAAUUGACUUGUCUCAAUCAUGAAUUUUAACCCGUAAAAGGUGUGACUACUUCUCCACUCACCUUUAGAUGGUAGUUCCCCUAGUGGGAAGGAGAGGAGGGACUUUGUACUUGAUAGGGAGUACUUUCAAUGGGUUUCCGUUCUUUAAUUGUUUGCAUGACGAUGCAAACAACAAAUGGAACAGGACUCUGAAAAGUACUUUUUUCAUGUUGUAAUGUUGCUAAAUUACACUUAAUUCGAGAUGUCGCGUUUGGAACAAAUGUGAACACUCGAUCAUCGAAAAAGGAACUACUUCAGCGAUGUGGGUAGAAACACACCUCGCAUAACAUGAAUGAACGAAAAAAAAGACUGCAAAUCGAUUUUAAAUGGCAUUUUCCUGAUCUGCAAUCGAACAUUUUUUGGUGUCUUUUAUUAAACAUGAGACUUUUCACUCUAUAGAAACGGUAUGUAUUUUCCCCAGACAAAUCUAGACUUGCACUAAAAAUUGCGUUUUUCAAUGGUUGGUUUCAUUGUGACUGAUCAUAGGUGACUCAAAUGAUGAACUCGUUUCUGAUUGGGUGGGAAUAAUGUAAUCACACGCAUAAUGGAAAUCUUGGCAGAUAUGUAAAUUUAAUCAUGUAAUUAGAUAAUAAGAACUGAUAUGGAAUGUGUAGUAGCUCCGAUAUGUCUUCCUUAGGUAGGCUUCUAACAGCCAUUAAUUUAUUCGGCAAGCAAUCUUGAUAGUGUACUGUAUUUAGAAAAAAAUUGAAUUGAAUAGCUACAAAGCAGAAAUACUCCAAGGCUUUCAUAGUUAUCAAGUUUCUGUUGAAGAUAAGGUUUUAGUUAAAAAUGCAGCAUUAAGUAUUAAGCUGCAAGGAAGCUUGCCUCCUGCUAUAUACGUAUAUAAUGUGGAGUUUAGGAACGGGGCUUAAAUCUUAAUAAUGAAUUAAUACGAUUACUUUGUAAGCUCUGAUGGCGUACCACAGAGGAACCUAUGGAAAAGAAAUUCGCCAGAGAGUUUAAGCGUGUUUGCUAAACGCGAGAAUUUAUCGAGUGUCAUAACUUAUAUUUUAGUAAAAAGAAUAGGUGGAAUUCCUAAUUUGGUCUCAAAUCUGUUGAAUCAUAGAAUUAGAUGAUAUAUUAGAUCUUUGUACAGUAAAAAUAUGUGGAAACACU